AUGAAGCCCAGACGCAGAAGGAUAGCCACUAGACAGUGGACCAGGAGCGCUGUAGCCUACCGCACUAGGUCUACCGCCAUGAUAAAAAAGACGUCUAUGAAGAAGAGGGGCAGGCUGUCUCUCCGGAAGCAGAGGAGGAGCAGGCCCUCCCAGGCGUUGACGAGCAUUGUCGGCUGCAGAAUUUCCCACCUGUGGAAGGAUGGUAAUGAGCCAGUCACCCAAUGGAAGGCCGUCGUCCUGGACCGACUGCCAACACACCCUCCCACCUAUUUGGUGAAGUAUGAUGGAAUUGACUGCGUCUACGCCCUGGAGCUCCACAGCGACAAGAGGAUUUCAAAGCUUAAGAUCCUGCAUCGUAAAGUGUCGUGUCCUCAACUUAGUGAUGCCCAUCUGGCAAGCAGCAUGAUUGGCAAAGUCGUGGAGCACAGAUUUGAGGGCAGCGACGGCUCUAAUGAUAAGUGGAGGGGUAUGGUCCUGGCCCAAGUGCCGGUCAUGAAUAACUGGUUUUACAUCACCUAUGAGAAAGACCCAGUCCUGUACAUGUACCAGCUGCUGGAUGACUACACAGAAGGUGACCUCUGCAUCGUGCCUGACUCCCCUCUAGCAGAGGUGAUGUCAGAAACAGACGAAGACGACCUCUUGAAAGGCAGAUAUGUGAAAUACACCGAAGGCGACCGAUACAAAAAGAUCGGCAAGAUCAUUCUCCAAGUUCUCGCCAGCCCUUCCGUGUAUUUCAUCAAGUUUGAUAACGACAACCAUAUCUACGUCUACGAUUUGGUGGAAAAGAUAUAUUGA